AACAUUUUUAAUUGUUUUGGACUACAACCACAGUAAUAUGAGGUAAACAAGUCCUGAAAAAACCUGAUUUACAAUUUUUUUGUUUCUGGAAAACAAAUUUGUGGCACAGUACACAAAAGUAAGAACCAAAACAUUAUGCCAAUAACUUAAUAUUUUUGUUGUGGUCACCUUACAGUCAAAUCGUAUUGAAGACCAAAGAGCUGAAUUGCCUGUUCUGUUGAGGCCAGAUUCUCGGUAUAUACCGUCAUUGGUUAUUGAAAAGAUAGACGUCAAUCACGAAGCUGAAGAGAGUGAUAUUUCAAAAGAAGAAGAAGAAACUGAUCCAGAAGAGGAGAAAGAGGAUACAAUGCCGAGAGAUCUUGACCCUGUCAGAGAGGUGUUGGCGGCAGGUGGACCUUAUCCUUUAGUGGUUCUGCCUGUUGGGGGUGAAUACUGGUUGGAAGGAAGUAACCAUUCUAACAUUAAUGGCAACAAUUUCAAGCAUCUUGACUGCAAGAUUGAGACAAGUAAUGUCAUCCAGAGUUACAGGAGGGAUUUCAUUGGAAAGGAACAUCUGAACUUCAUUUGUGAUGAUGAGAAACUUGGUCCUGUUAUCUUGUCUGUAAAGCAAGAGAUUGAAAAGCUGGAUGGCUGUGACACACAAGGAUUUAUCAGAGUUAUUUUAAGAACAACUGAAAAGACUAUUGCAGACUCUCUGCCAAUAGAAAAUCUAUCUGAAAAUCCCAGUCCAAGGGAGAUUACUAAGUAUCUUCUUGGGGAGGAUGCAGACAAUGUGGAUCAAUUUCAAGUUUUGGCUCAUCCUAAGGCAUCAGAACUGAUUGUAAAGUAUGAUGAACACAACUUAUCAAAUUCAUUCAAGUUUGGAGUGAUCUACCAGAAAUAUGGACAGACAACAGAAGAGGAGUAUUUUUGCAAUCAAACUCACAGUGCAGGCAUGAAUGAGUUCCUUGAGUUGUUAGGUGACAAGGUGUCUCUGAAAAACUUCAAAGGGGGCCCUGAAUUUCGCAAGUUCUUGUUGACCAAACUGAUAAAUGCAGAGCUGUCAGCUUACAACAGUGCAGAGUUCGCCAAAUUAGCGGACCGAACACGCUCCACUCUACUUCGAGGAUUAGCUAAAGAUUUACUUGAAAAGAAUGCUUUGAUUCUUGAUGCUGUGGGGGAGGAGGUGACUCCACGGAGGAGCAACAAGAUAUCCAAAAUCAGGAAUGCGUUACGUAAAGGCAGCCCUGUUAGUCGCACCUUUUCUAUGAGAGAGCCACGUGUUACUAAAUCAGAUGACGUGGACUCCGAUGACAGCCUUCCUAAGACCUGGGCCAAGAGGGCGAAGGAAAGACGAAAAUCUGCACAAGGUCUGCUAGCGCCCAGGAAGGCUCCUAAGCCACCAAAGAACCUUGAGCAGCCUCAGGGCCGCUGUAAGAGUAUGGAGUCGCUUCUCAUCCAAGAGCAGAACAAAAGCAGCGCUGUGUUUUACGCGGCAGACGAUUCCAGUUCUGAAUCGAACACGUCCGAGAUGUCUCGACAUCGUGAAGAGGAAGCUCAUUCUCCGAGGAAACAUAACACACGUUCACGGACGCCAGAGCCACGGAAAGAAAAGAUUUCGGAUUCUGCAGGAUCACCUCGACUAUCGUCGAAUAUGCCCCAGAACAUGACUCAUGCGCAGUCAGUGCCUAUACUAGAAGGUUAUGAUCGUACCUAUAGGACUCCUUCUCGAGUGCUCGACAAAUCACCACUUUCACGAGUAUCUUACGAGGGAAGCUCUCCAGGAGAAUACCAAGUUCGGUAUGUCGGCGGAUACCGUUCGGGGCCCGAAGAUGAGUCGGACGAGCCAAUUAGACUUACGACGUACGAUCGGUCUCCGACUCGUCACCGAAGGGGCUCGGACACGCCGGACAGCGUGGAUGUUGGUAGAAUUGAAGGCUACACUCAGUCAAGCUCAAUUGCGACCGAAAGCAGCACAUCUCCUAUACAUUACGUUCGCAAAUCCCGAGAAGAAAGAAAGGAGCGUGACAUACCGACAAGCUCGCCUUAUCUCCGAAGAAAAGCGCAAGAUAUCCCUACUGUCAAUACACAGUCCGCGUCCGCAGCGGGCUCGAGUCCAGUUCCUGUACAAAAGCAGAAGAAAACCGCCAUCGUUUCGCCCUUGUUUGAUGUGUCAGAAUCAAACAGGCCACGCUCUGUUCCACCUGGCCUUAUGAUGUUUGAUCCAACAGACCCUGAGUCCGAGAGAGUGGAACAGGUGUUUGACGAACGACCGCCAUCACUUCCCAAACUAGACACCGGCAGCGCUUUAAACUCGACUGAAGAUUUGUCCUCUACUGCAUUUUCCUUCAGACAAAUGGAAAUGUUUAAAAACGAGAUAUCAAGGCUCAAGUGUGAAAAGCUUGACCUGGCUCGACAGAACGUGUUACUGCAGCGUGAACACCGCGCCAUCAAAGACGCAGCCAUGCAGCAGACCGCUGACUUGUACCAAGCCCGCUGUGAAAUAGCUCGACUAAGAUCUCUAUUGCCAAGUGAGAAUGUACCCCCAAGGGACUCCUCCGCGAUAGAAGCUGUCACGGUACGAGAGGGGAAUAUCUCUCCUAAGAGCAGUAUGUCUCGAAGAGAAGUCACGACAGGAGUUUACGUUAGGGAAAGAGAAGAAACUGGAGAGAUUCCUACAAGGACUUCUUAUCGGGCUACGCGUCUUUGAAAGUCACGAAAACACCUUUUACAUACACUAGAAUUCUUCACGAUAAAACGAAUUCCCGAACAUAGUUAAGAAACACAAUCGUAGUCCCUCCAUUAAGUGACUUUGUUGUAAACACACUGUAAGAUACAUACAUGGAUGUUUAUUCUGUUAAGUACCCCAUGGUGUGUUGUAGUAUCGCGACUUCUAGGAAUGUCAUUAUUUUUCUGUGAAAGUCUGUUGUUAGAUCCACUUAGUGCGGUGAAAAUCUACGAGAUGAUAAUUCACAGUCUAAAUGCUGUUUUUUAUUCAAAAUGUAAUCAAUGUACCUUAAGGGUUUUCAAUGAAUGUCCUUUUUUCUAAAUGCGUUUACAAACUUAGCAGAGGAGUUUCCGAGUCUCGGUUCAGACGUCGAACGUAUCGUGAGUCAAACCGAACUUAGUGGAAAUUAAUUAGCGAGCCUAACUGUCAUUGGUUUUACUCAUUAGUGAGAAAUGUGACAAGAUAGAGAGAUAAAUCUAAGGAACGAGGCUUGGGAAUGGGUGAAACUGAUUGCUGUCAAACACAGCUAUGCGUUUGGAAAGAGAAUUCACUGCUUGUGUGUGUCAGGAAAGAAAAGUUUUGAAAAUCUGUCAUGUUGUUGCCAUGUAAAACAUAUUGAAAAAUAAUGAAUACUUCAUAAAUACAAUCAAUCAAUUUCAUCUUCCAGCAAAUGGGUUUUAUUCGUUCAAGAACGCUGUAUGUGGUCGUGCAUUUAACAAAUGGAACCAAAAUUGGAAGCUUGCUAAAAAGGUUUUUUUAAUUAUCGGAAUAAUUGUUUGUGUUCAUUUAUCAAAAUGGAUGAUUUAAUGCUUGCAAGGGCCUUGUAUUUCUCAUUCGAAGCAAUUUUACUCAAAUUUUCAUAUGAUCUGCUUUCCAAUUGUGGUUUGAAUUCUCUCUUGCGGGAUUUUCAAGUUGCAUUUUAAAGCUUAUAACUCUUCCCUUGUUGGAAACAAAUUUUGUCUCUCGGAGAUGCAUAAUGAAGUUUUAGAUACUGCCUGUAGAUAAAAAAAUGCGCAGCCCCGGCAAGAAAAGCUAAAUUAUCAAUAUAUUUUAAAAUCUCAUUCACACAGUGGAGUGAGUGGUUACGUUUUGAAAUCAUUACCAUGUAAAAUAUAUUACCAAUUUACAACGAUAUAGACAUGUAGUUACACGCAAUUUAAGCUGACGUUUUUGUAUUGCAAAGAAUUACAAAAUAGAUUAAUUUAUGAUAAUUAAGUUCUAGUCGUUAAAAUAAUUAUUUAGGUGAGCUUAACUCGUUUUUUGGUACGAUAGUUAUAUAGUUUUGCUGUUACGUUCUAUAAAUUUAGGUUCUCGUUAAAUAGAAGAAAAAAAAAACUUACAUGUCUAAAUCACUUGCUGUGCAUUAAUGUUACUAUUUAUGAUCAUUCAAUAAAGAGAACGAGCUUUAGUUAAAUUGUUUAAA